AUGGAUUUAAUAGCAUCUCAUCGUAAUUAUCAAUGGCUUUGUAAUAUUAUUACUGGCGAUGAAAAUUGGGUUUUGUAUGUUAAUCAUACGCUGAAGCGUCAGUGGUUAGGUGUUGGACAAGUAGGUGUAACAACGCCCAAAAAUGACCUUCAUCCAAAGAAGAGUAUGCUAAGUGUUUGGUGGAGUGUAAAGGGGAUUAUCCAUUCGGGGCUUCUUCCAGCUGGUUGCAACAUCACUGCUGAUCUUUAUUGUCAACAGCUGGAUUGGAUUGCAGCAAAACUCCAGGGGAAGCAGGAUAGAAUUUAUUUUUUGCAUGAUAAUGCAAGACCACAUGUCACAAAGUCGACUCAUGAAAAGUUAUCAAAGCUUCGAUGGAUUACAAUUCCGCAUCCACCAUACUCUCCGGAUCUAGUACGAACGGACUACCACCUAUAUCAUUCUUUAUCUGAUCAUUUAUGUGAAAAAAAAUUCGACGAUGAGAACGACUUCAAAAUGGAUCCCGUGAGGUUCUUUGGUCAGAAGUCCCAGGAGUUCUACGAACCCGAGAUUCUUUCUUUAUCAGAAUGUUGGCGACAAGUCAUCGACAAUGAUGGAACAUACAUUGUCGAAAGUUAA